CAUUCACCAGUGGCAGAAGAACUCCUCAACAGAGGAGGAUUCACUGCUCUACUACUCUGCUUUGGGGCCUCACAACAUCUUGAACGGAUUUGGAAACAUGCAUUUACAAAUAUCCUUACUGCUGCUGUUUUGUCUAAACAUUGUCCAUGGUAGCGAUGGGUAUUUUUCUGAGCGAUAUCAGAAACAAUCCAGCAUCAAGGGGCCACAUUUUCUACCAUUCAACGUAAAGAGUCAAGGUGUGCAGAUAAGGGGUGAACAAGGACCCCCUGGUCCCCCAGGCCCUAUUGGACCAAGAGGACAACCAGGACCUGCAGGAAAGCCAGGGUUUGGAAGUCCUGGUCCCCAAGGCCCCCCUGGUCCCCCAGGACCACCUGGAUUCUCUGCGGUUGGAAAGCCAGGCAUGCCAGGACUACCAGGAAAGCCAGGAGACAGAGGACUAAACGGUGAGAAAGGAGAAGCUGGACCUGUUGGGCUCCCAGGAGCAAGAGGACCGCAGGGACCCCCUGGCACUCCUGGCCCUGCAGGACUGUCUGUUCCUGGCAAACCAGGACCACAAGGCCCUCCAGGAGCUCAGGGGCCAAGGGGCCUCCCCGGGGAGAAGGGAGAGCCAGGUAUCCCUGGUAUAAAUGGACAAAAGGGAGAAAAUGGAUUUGGAGUUCCAGGUCGCCCGGGUAACAGGGGUCUUCCAGGCCCACAGGGACCCCGGGGCCUCCCUGGUCCUGCCGGCGUAGGGAAGCCUGGUGAAAAUGGUCUUCCAGGUCAGCCAGGUCUGAAAGGUGACAGAGGUUUACCAGGUGCACCCGGAGCAGCUGGUAUCCCAGGUCCCCAGGGUCCCCCAGGAGAACCUGGAGAAGCUGGCAUUGGCAAACCCGGGCCAAUGGGACCACCAGGAGCAGCAGGCAUCCCCGGAGCCAAGGGACACCCUGGACCUGCAGGCUUGCCUGGAUCCCCGGGUCUCCCAGGAUUUGGAAAGCCAGGAUUGCCAGGGAUGAAGGGACACAGAGGGCCUGAAGGUCCUCCUGGCCUUCCAGGACCUAAAGGAGACCAAGGCCCAGCUGGUGUGCCAGGAGAACCAGGGCCUGCUGGGCCACCAGGCAACAGGGGCCCUCAAGGGCUCAAAGGCUUGCCUGGGGAGAACGGGCUACCUGGGCCCAAAGGGGACACGGGGCCUGCAGGCCUCCCGGGAUUCCCAGGGGCCAAGGGUGAACGAGGUCUGCCAGGCUUAGAGGGAAAACCAGGUUACCCAGGCGAGCAGGGCCUUGCCGGUCCUAAGGGACACCCAGGUUUCCCAGGUCCAAAAGGCGACACCGGCCAUGCUGGGCUACCCGGCUUGCCUGGUCCAGCGGGCCCACAAGGAGUUAAGGGAGUGCCAGGGAUCAACGGCGAGCCAGGCCCCCGAGGGCCUUCAGGAAUACCUGGGAUCAGAGGCCCCAUCGGCCCCCCCGGCCUGCCAGGAGCCCCCGGUGUGAAGGGCGAGCCGGGAGCACCGGGGCUGCCAGGCCCAGCAGGUAUUUCUACCAAAGGUUUAAGCGGACCCAUGGGACCGCCUGGACCCCCCGGGCCUAAAGGCAACAAUGGAGAGCCUGGCUUGCCAGGCCCCCCAGGUCCUCCUGGUCCCCCCGGCCAAGCCGUAAUCCCCCAGAUGCCUGAAAGCUACGUUAAAGCGGGAGAGUCUCGGGAGCUAUCAGGAAUGUCCUUCAUAAAAGGAGGAGCAAACCAAGCUCUCACAGGGAUGCCAGUGUCUGCUUUCAGUGUCAUCCUCUCAAAAGCCUACCCUGGGGCAACAGUCCCCAUCAAAUUUGAUAAAAUCUUGUACAAUAGGCAGCAACACUAUGACCCCAGAACAGGAAUCUUCACCUGCAGGAUCCCUGGACUGUAUUAUUUCUCCUACCACGUACAUGCAAAAGGAACAAAUGUUUGGGUUGCACUCUACAAAAAUGGUUCCCCACUCAUGUACACCUAUGAUGAAUACAAGAAAGGAUACCUUGACCAGGCUUCUGGCAGUGCUGUCAUCGAUCUCAUGGAGAACGAUCAAGUAUGGCUCCAACUACCCAAUUCAGAAUCUAAUGGCCUCUAUUCCUCUGACUACGUUCACUCUUCUUUCUCAGGUUUCCUAUUUGCUCAUAUCUAACAACAUCCCACUUACACUGUCCUGACACUCUCUCCUUCAGAACACAUUAACUGGGCGUUGAUCCGAUUCGUUAUUAGCAGGUCAUGCAACUUCAAUUUUGCAACAGAAAUGGAGGAGGGAGUGAGAAGGUGGAAGAGAUUGGUUCAAACUUAGUAGAAUAAUAUUGUAUUUUUAGAGAAUUGUCAUAAGAAAUGUUUCAAAUGAUGAUCAAUUGUCCAACUGAAUGCAACAUUAAAAUUUUAUGAAUUAAUAUAAUGCACCAGCCUCUUUUUAAAAAAAGAAAAAGAAAAAAAAAGAAAAAAAAAAGGAAAAUCAGAAUUUCUAGCUAUCACUUCUCAUAACACAUAAAGUAGCCAUUUGGGACUCUAGAACAUACUUCUAUAUACUUGAAUUAACUGAAGGUAUUAUUCGAAGUAAAGAGUCUCAGAUACACCAGAGUGAUCGCAACAGAUGGAUAAUAUACUUCAGGAACAUUCUGCUACCUGCCAGCUUCAUCUCUAAACUAUCAAACAGGAAUCAAAAAAAUAACUCUAAUACAGUGCAUACCAUGUCACAGUUUUAAUUUAGUUCCACUUUUCUUAUUAAUGAGUAACUACCUUGGAAAAAGGUAGAUUUACACAUUAUUACCUGUUACAGAAGAUCUAAGACUUUCACAAUAUGAGAAAGCAACCAGAUUUGAAAUCCACUCAGCUUUCUUUGAUGCACAUUUUGUAAUCUGCAGCAACAAACUAGUUCAAUAUUUUUUAAACUCCUAACAUUCUGUAAAACUACAAUAUUCAGAGUACUGUAAAACAACUAUCACCAAAUCCAGACAUUAAGAACGUAUCUUCACAAGCGUGCAGACACUCACAAAAUCGAGCAGCUUUACCACCCCAAAAUUGGAGACAAUCUUUGCACUGAUUUUCCUUGAACAGUUCAUUCCUUUAAAACACGAUAGUCUUAUUAAAACUCAUAUGUAAGCCUUACUUACGUGUUAAAUUUAUCAGAUGAUGACAGUAAUUAGUCAGUAGACAUAUUUACCAUGCCUGCAUACACUCAUGUGUUACAAACAUUAGACAUUAAUCUGUUAUGGCACUAUGAAAAGUUAAUGGUGCUUAUAAAUUAGGAACCCAUAAUACUUUGAUCACACAUUUCUUCCAAUUAUAGUUACCAUUCAUGUGCUUUAAAAGUAUCAUAGACAUCAAAACCUUAUGAACUCUUAAAUUAUUAUUUUUAGCUUCAUUUCUUUAAACAGAAGUUUUUAAUCACUUGUACUAAAAAGUGUGUAGGCCUAUGGUUAAAAGUUUUGUGAUAUUAACAUUUCUUCAUGAAAGCAGAACCUAAGGCUUAUUAUGUUGUAUGCAUUUGAAAUGAGCAAUUGCCUAAGUACUUGAUAAUACAUUGGGAUUAAUAAAAAAAGCAAGCACACCUUUAGGUUGAUCCAUCAUCAGCAAAACCAUAUAAUGUUUUGGAAACUGUAAAGAGCUACCAAGAAAGUAACUCUGCAGAAUUGUUUCUUCUCCUCUUAUAAAGUGCUGCUGGAUAAGGAAGCCUGUGGUUUAGGCUAUACUUCAGUAAAAUAAUAAAUGCUUAAGUAGAGAGUGUAACAUGAGAUCUGCUUAUUUUAGCAGCCAAGUAGACCCUAGGCAAGCAAAUUGGUAUUACUAUUAUAAACACUGCACACAGAUGUUUGUAUGGAAAUAAUACAGUGGACAGUACCACAAUUUAUAAGUAGCAACCCUGAGCUACUUUUCUUUCAAACCAAAAUAAAACUGAAGACACUUGAGUUUGAAUUGUCUAUCCCCACUUUCCUACCUUCCUGUUUUAGGCCAAAUAUUAAUUACAGCUCUCCUAAGAAUCAUCUCUUUUUUGCACUGAAAAUGUUUGCCUGUGCAGCCACUCGCAUUAGUUCAACAGCACUUUCCAGUAUUUAAACACAGCACGUGAUGCUGCCCAUACAUUCAACCAAUCUGGCACUUUUGUUUCAGAAACAAAUAGAGGGACUGGGUACUGGAACUGGAAAAUACUGCUCAGUAGUUGUAAAGUUUCUGGUUAAUUGCUUUACAGAUGAAACAUAUGCCAACGCACAUGUUUAAAAUUGCUGGAGAUUCUUGGUGCUCUGCAGUACAUUACUGACCUGUGAUUCCAAUUAAGUACUCUCUGCACAAGAAACUGGGCCCAGACAGUACUCUUAAAAGCACAGUUCACUAACCCUUAUUGUCCAUCCACUUUAAAUAGGGUUUUGUCCUUUAAAGUCUUUGUUCUUUGAAUUUAUGAAGUCUCUGCUGCCAUACUACACUUUUUACUUCCAAAAUGAAAUAUUAUUUUAUGAAUCGACUUAAAAUAGUACAAAAAUAUUAUUUUAAUUAUAUAACCACAGAUGCUAUGGUUUUCAAAAGUGUCAGGAAAACUACAGGGAAAGACAGUCAUCCAAGAGAAAAAGUGGCCUUUAAGAAAAGAAAUUUUACAAAAUUCUGCUUUAAGAAGUUAUAUUAGGCAACAUCCUCCUACAAAAACUAUUCAUUUUUCUGU